GUGUCCUCUCCCAUGAGCCCUUUGCAUGCCCCUCUCCCCAGCUAUGUACCAUGGGACGUGAGCCUGAGCCACCCUUUCCCGCCUUUCUGCUCACGGCUCCUUCCUGCCUAUUUCCAGGAGUCGUGCCCCUGCUGCUGGUUCUGCACUGGAAACACGGGGCGGGGAACCCCCUUCCCAUCACCCCUGUCAACGCCACCUGUGCCACACGCCACCCGUGUCACAGCAACCUCAUGAACCAGAUCAGGAACCAACUGGCUCAGCUCAACGGCAGUGCCAACGCCCUCUUUAUUCUCUAUUACACGGCACAGGGGGAGCCGUUCCCCAACAACCUGGACAAGCUGUGUGGCCCCAACGUGACGGACUUCCCGCCCUUCCACGCCAACGGCACGGAGAAGGCCAGGCUGGUGGAACUGUACCGCAUCGUUGCAUACCUCGGUGCCUCCCUGGGCAACAUCACGCGGGACCAGAAGGUCCUCAACCCCAGCGCCCUCAGCCUGCACAGCAAGCUGAACGCCACGGCCGACGCCCUGCGGGGACUCCUCAGCAACGUGCUCUGCCGCCUGUGCAGCAAGUACCACGUGGCUCACGUGGACGUGGCCUAUGGCCCCGAUACCUUGGGCAAGGACGUCUUCCAGAAGAAGAAGCUGGGCUGCCAGCUCCUGGGGAAGUAUAAGCAGGUCAUCGCCGUGGUGGCCCACGCCUUCUAGGCGGGGGGCCCCCGAAGCGUGCCGUGAACCGAGGCGGUCUUGGGAGUGGCAUCUGGACGUAGGGGGCUCUCAGAGUGUGACCAGGGCCUGCCCAGGGUGUUGCCAAACCCAAGUGGGGGCUGCUGGCAGACCCCAAGGGGAUCCUGGUCCAUCCACUCCACUCCAGGGUGGGCUGCGAUGAAGCCCAGCAGAGUCAAAAAACUUCCAGAGGCGGGGCCUGUCUCAGCACUGACCAGAAGGGGAACCCCUUCUUCAGGGUUUGCAGCCAGGCUGGGCUCCCUCUUGCCCCCCAGGCCAGGGGCUUUGUGCAGUGAGCAAACAGCACAAGUCAUCAGAGGAGACCUUGACCACGGUCUCCAACACA